ACUUCAUCGACGUCAAAAUUGCUUUGCUCGCGUGGACCCCACAACAUACUCAGUAUCAGCAGCAGUCCGCAGGCGCCGCGAUGGCCGCUCUCUUGCAGCAGCAUGGCGGCGCAGGACGACGGCGCAGAGCGCCUCAAGACCAAGCACGACGCGCGCAUGACCAUGGCAGCACGUACCGCCGUAGCUCACGACGGUCCUGGCUCAGGCCGAUCUGGACGCCAUGACGGCGACGAUGGCCAAGGCAGGCCUCGCAAAUCUCGACCGCGCAUGAACACGGACGCGUAAGAAGCUCGCCGAGGCCAUUGCCGCCAGCGACUGGCCAGGCAUCUCCAAGCACGGGGGCAGCGCGCUUCUGCAAGGCGCAGACCUCGUACGUCGUCUAUGCAACCGGCGGCGCGCAGGUCCGCUUCGCUUCGAUUUGCUCUACGAGCGAGGCGUUCUUGACACCCAAGGUGUGUUUCGCGGGCAUGGAGGACGUCGACGGUUUGCGCCUCGGUAUCAUCGUUUCGAAUGUCGCUCUGGCCAUCUUCGAGCUGCCUGUCGCCGACGCAACCGCCACCGCGCCUGUCUCGGAUCCGACCACCGCCGCGCCUGUCUCGCGCGCGACAGAUGCUGCCGCCGACACGACGGCGCGCGGUCUCAUCGUGGACGCGCCUCUGCUCCAGGCAGUGUUGCUCAAGGCAGCGGAGCUCGGCUUCGUCCAAGAGCUCCCGCCGAUCAUCCAGGCCGCUCUCACAGCCUCCAAGGUGGCGAUCCUCCCGAGAGCUGGCACCGCGUGCAUCAACUUCUUGGCCCACGCACCCUUGUGCCAGUGGGCACCUGUCCCGGGCGCCAACCCUUUAACUACAUCGCCAGCUCGGCCCACCGGCUCGAGAUGUAGUCCCCAUAUAACAUUCAAUCAAUCAAACGUUUUUUCUCGUAAAGUCAUAUUUGCAUAAACU